AUGGGGCGCGCGGGGCGCGCGGCGGGUGGUGGUGGUGCCGCGGGGGUGGUUGAGGUUGCGGUGGGAGGGGAGGGCGGGACGGUGUACGGCGUGGCGCGUAUCGAGCAUGUUCUGAAGCGGCUGGGCUUCCGGAGCGACGCGUGGAGGCCCGUGGGGGACGCGUUCUUCCGAGCGCUCGCGGAUGCGGUGUCUCGGAGCCACGAGGACGCGGCCGCGUCUGAAACGCGGCCAGCCGAGCAGUAUGCGCGCGGCGCUGCGCACUCGUUGCCGCUCGGACGAAACGCGGUCUGGUCCCUUGGAUACGAGCGCGUGGGGGUCACGAAAGAGGCCUUCUUCGACCUGAUGGAGCAGUGCAUCCUUGAAUGCAAGCCGGGCCGGCAGGGACUCCGCAGAGACCUCGAGGUGAUCCACGACCUCGAGUCGCGCUCGCGCGCCGUCGCAAUCGUGCUGUGCGGCACGUGCGGCACCGGAAAGAGCACCUUGGCAGCGCUCGUGGCGUCCUGGAUGGGCAUCAACAACGUCCUCUCCACGGACACCGUCAGGAACACGCUGCGGGCGCUGGUGGACGACCCGAUCCUGCGGUGCUCGACGUACGACGCGCACCGCGUCGUGGAGGGCCUGCCCGCGGACACCCCCCCUGACAAGCGCGUGAUCAAGGGGUACAAGGCGCAGUCCGCGCUGGUCAUGGAACACACCCGCCGCGCGGUGCUCGCGAGCCUGGCGCGCGGCGAGUCGAUCGUCGUCGAGGGCAUCCACCUGCGCCCGCGCGACGUCGUGAAGCUCGCGCUCGAGUGCCAGCAGCAGCAGGCGCCCCGCGGCGGCCCCGCGCCCACCGCGGACGUCAUCCCCUUCCUGGUGCACACGCGGUCGCGCGACAAGCACCUGGCGCGGUUCGCGGUGCGCGCGAAGCACCUCACGCUCCAUCCGAGCGAGAACCGCUACGUCGCGCAUUUCGACGAGAUCCGCGCCAUCCAGGGCUACCUGCUGUGCGCGGCGGCCAAGCACCGGAUCCCGGCGCUCAACAACACCUCGACGGACCGCUCGCUGAACCUGCUGGUCCGGACGGUGCUGCAGUGCCUGCGGGCGUCCGCCGCGGGGGUCCCGCUGAUCGACGGGGACUUGCUGACGGUGCCGGAGAUCGAGGGGGAGUUUAAGGAGUGUCGGGCGGGGGGGUAUUGGGGGCACCGCGACGCGCUGACGCGGCUGCGUGCGGCGCGUGCGAUGCGGGCGGAGGCGAGGGGCGGGGAGUGCGGGGGCGCGGGGGAGUCGCCGGAAGGGUCUGUGGGGACCACUGCUUCGACGGUUGCGGCGACGCGCGCGACGGUCGCGCUGUCGCUGUCCGGGCUCGACGACAGCGACGGGGAGGACGACUGGCUGCGGAAGUCGUCGUCCGGCAAGGCCGGCGCGACGGCACACAGCGACGCAAGUUGCGAGCGCGCGAGCCCGGCGCCGGCGACCCACGACGAGAUGUGGCGGUGGGGGUGGUGGCGCCCCGGCGGCGUGCAUGCGUGCGACGACACGCAGCGGUGCACGGGCCCCGUGAGCGACGCGGGGUCGAGCGAGGCCGGCUCGCUGGAGGAGGGGGAGGAGGGGGCUGUUGAGGCCUGCGUCAGGGGGGGUGUGGGGGGGCCGACCGGGCCCGACGAGCACUGGCGCGACUGGGAACAUCAGACGCCGGCUCGAGGGAAAUACCGUGCGACUGGUGCCCUGUGA